GUGAAGGGGAUUCUCCGUAACCAGCUGUAGCUUAAUGUGAUUUGUCACCUCAGUCACUCUCUAUUCCCCGUGAGGAAACGUUCCUUUUUCUUCUAAUCAUUACCGCUUCAACAUUUAAUUUCUCCGCUGGCAUGUUGAAGCUGUCAAUCAAACCUGUGGAAGGUACUCUCAAGCUGCACUGAGAGACAGAGAGAGUAGAAUAAGUUUUAGUCCAGCUCAAAAGGCACCUUUUUUUUCAGAUCUCGGAUUCAUCAUUCACCUUUUGAUUGAGACUAUAUACUAUGGUAAAUUAAACUAUGAAGACAGUGGUGUUACGGCAAAGGAUUCUUCUUAGCCAAACUCAAGAUCCAGGAUUUUUUAUUUAUCUCAAUUGAAAUGCACAGGAUCACCAGAUUCAUUGAAGGAUCUGUGUGGAUUUUUUGGGCUCUAGACAUACCUGCAGUAUAUGUGAAGUUGGGGGACCAGAGUGAGCUAGGUGAUGGUUCAACAGGCUAACGAAGCUAGAUGCUAAAUCUUUCUGUUCAGGCAUCCAGUCAGCUAACAAUCCAGCAGCUAACAAUCAAGCGAUGACCACAGUAUCCAUGGAGCCCCUGCUGGUCCUGAUGGAGCUGAUCCCCAACGCCACCGACCUGCCUUUAGACUCCACCCCUUCCUCUCCCGAAGACACCGCCGCCACCUUCACAAUAGGCUGUAUUCUCUCCCUCAUGUGUCUGGUUGGCGUCUCCGGAAACAUCUACACCCUUGUGGUCAUGUGUCACUCCAUGCGUUUCGCGGCGUCCAUGUAUAUUUACAUCAUCAACUUAGCCCUGGCUGACCUCCUCUAUCUGUUGACCAUUCCAUUCGUGGUCUGCACAUACUUCCUGAAAGGUUGGUAUUUUGGCGAUGCUGGGUGCAGGAUUCUAAUCAGCAUGGAUUUUCUGACGAUGCACGCCAGCAUUUUCACGCUGACCAUCAUGAGCACGGAGAGAUACUUUGCCGUGCUGAAACCGCUGGACACAGUCAAGCGGUCAAAGAGCUACCGCAAAGCCAUUGCGGUGCUCGUGUGGGUGGCUUCCCUGGUCCUGACUUUACCCAUGAUUCUCAGUAUUCAGAUGAUGAAGGUGGGGAGCAAGGCCAUGUGCCAGCCAACUAUCUCACAGCUGUCCUAUAAGGUAUAUAUCACCUUCCUAUUCUGUACCAGCAUUGUGGCUCCGGGGAUGAUCAUUGGCUUUCUCUACAUCGGGCUGGCUCGUACCUACUGGAUCUCUCAGACAGAAACCUUCAAACAGACCAAGAAACUACCCAACCAAAAGGUCCUCUAUCUGAUCUUCACCAUUGUACUGCUGUUCUGGGCCUGUUUCCUGCCCUUCUGGAUCUGGCAGCUCCUGGGUCAGUUCCAGCCCUCCAUCCAUCUCUCCACCAAGUCCAAGCGCAACAUCAACUACUUGACCACCUGUCUCACCUACUCCAACAGCUGCAUCAACCCUUUCCUCUACACGCUGCUCACCAAGAACUACAAGGAGUACCUGCGGAAGCGCCAGCGCACCUGGACCGCGGGCAGCUACUUCAACCGAUGGAACCGGUUCCAGCGAUCACCCAGGAGGUCGCUGUCCUCCAGCAGCCAGCAGUGCACAGAGAGCUUCGUGCUCACGCACACGCCGUCUCUGCGCACCACGCACAACAGCAGCCUGUGAGGUAUAGAAGAAGAGGUUUCUGGUCUUGGUCUUAUCGUGACAUUAUCUCCACAUGUCCCAUUUACAGUGACGUACAGAUGUCGGAUCUUAACUUAAUCACUAUUUUGUCGCAGAGAAUUUUGCUGAUGCAUCAGGAAAUUCAAAUUAGCCUUGUGAUUGGCUGAAAAUGAGCAGUUCUCUUUCUCUCCACACGGGGCAGUUGAGUCAUUGGGAUCAGGGCUUGCUAUCAAAAUAACGUUAUCGCUCACACGCUCAAACUCUAGUCCUGGGUCUCAUUGCUGCAACAUUUAAAUGUAAAAAAGGUGUCUGAAAUGCAGCCAUACACAUCAACAACUGUUGUUUUAUACAGCUUUAUAACACAAGAUAGAUAUUGGUCUCCAUUAGGCUACGACAUAGAAGUGUCUAGUGUAUCCUAAAGUUACAAAUGAACUCAGCCGUGGCCUGGUCUAGAGUUUAGGGUUGCUUCUUUCAGUAUAUAGGUUUUCCAUGUCGAUUCCCUUCUGGUAGAAAUAACUCAAUACCCCAAUUGACUUGAUGUAGUUACACAUUUCAAAUAUGGACAGUCCAGCGUUAUUUUCAACAACAACAAAAUUGUCACAUUCAGCGAAUACAAAAGGUUUAGAAAUUACCGUGAAAGGAUUACCUAUGAGCUCUUUCCGAACGAUGCAGAGUUAAACAGUAAGAUAAAAUGUGUUUUGCAAAUGAGAUCUAAAAAAUAUAUAUAUUAACACAAGAAAAUAACAAUAAUGAGUACCGGUACCAAGUCAAUGUGCAGAGGUAUGAGGUAGUUGAGGUAAUAUGUACAUGUAGAUAGGGGGAAAAGUGACUAGGCAAUCAGGAUAGAUAAUAAACAGAAUAGCAGCAGCGUCUGUGAAGAGUGUGAAAGAGUGUCUACAAGUAAAUGUGGGUGGCAUCAAUAUUCAUGUGUGUGAGCAUACAGUUGAAGUCGGAAGUUUACAUAGACCUUAGCCAAAUAAAUUUAAACUCAGUUUUUCACAAUUCCUGACAUUUAAUCCUAGUAAAAAUUCCCUGUUUUAGGUCAGUUAGGAUCACCACUUUAUUUAAGAAUGUGAAAUAAUAAUAAUAACAGAGAGAAUUAUUGUUUUCAACUUUUAUUUCUUUCAUCACAUUCUCAGUGGGUCAGAAGUUUACAUUCACUCAAUUAGUAUUUGGUAGC